AUGACCUCCUCGUCGUCAAAUGUCGUCGGUGUCCACUACCGCGUGGGCAAAAAAAUCGGAGAAGGCUCUUUCGGUGUGAUCUUCGAAGGCACCAACCUGUUGAACAGCCAGCAGGUUGCUAUUAAGUUUGAACCCCGGAAAAGUGAUGCUCCACAACUUCGCGAUGAAUAUAGAACGUAUAAAGUUCUCGUCGGAUGCCCUGGCAUCCCCAACGUUUACUACUUUGGCCAGGAGGGCCUUCAUAACAUCCUUGUAAUCGACCUUCUAGGCCCGAGUUUAGAGGAUCUCUUCGAUCAUUGUAAUCGAAGAUUUACCAUCAAGACAGUGGUCAUGGUGGCUAAACAGAUGCUUUCGAGAGUCCAAACGAUACAUGAAAAGAACCUGAUCUAUAGAGAUAUAAAGCCAGACAACUUCCUCAUCGGCAGGCCAAACUCCAAGGCUGCAAAUGUCAUCCACGUGGUGGACUUUGGAAUGGCAAAACAAUAUAGAGACCCCAAGACUAAACAACACAUUCCUUACCGGGAGCGCAAGUCGCUGUCCGGUACCGCAAGAUACAUGAGUAUCAACACUCAUCUUGGACGAGAGCAAUCACGACGAGAUGAUCUUGAAGCGUUGGGCCACGUUUUCAUGUACUUUUUAAGAGGAGGUUUGCCAUGGCAGGGCCUUAAGGCCGCUACGAACAAACAGAAAUACGAAAAGAUUGGCGAGAAGAAGCAGACAACCGCAGUGAAGGAUCUAUGUGAAGGAUAUCCUGGCAUUGAAGAACACUGGAGAAGUCGAAGACGGCGAGUACGACUGGAUGAAGCUAAAUGGCGGAAGGGGUUGGGAAGCAGCCAAAGCAAUAUCCCACCCAACACCACCUCCCACACGUCGAAUGUUCCAAAAUACCUCAACUCCGUGAUAUUUCAUGGAGCUUCAGUGCCCCGGGGACCGCACAGACCAGGUGUAACAGCUGACCGUUUAAACCGCCGCGCAACCCCCGCCCCCUUCUCCCGCGAAAGCAGGGAGUUGGGAAAAGCGCGAGAGCGGCAAAACGCCCCCCGGCGGGCCGCAAGUCAAACGUCAAAACGGAGCGGCGGGGGUCCUCGAAACAACACCAGCUGCGUCGACUCAGGCUCAAUUUCAAAACUCCAACACACACCUUCCCGGUCGCAUAACCACCCCUGGUGGUAA